AUGACGAUUAUCCUUACUCCGUACUGGUCCAAUGGCGUGCAGAAGCUCAAGCUUUCUCAGCCACCGGCUGCUCCUAAACGCGGGCUCGUUCCUCCUCAACUCGACCACGAGAUACACGUACAACGCUGUCUGGAACAACUGCGCUCGAAAGAUAAAAAUCUUGAAAAAUAUAUCUAUCUUUCCCACUUGAAGACCGAAGACCCUUCCAUGUUCUAUCGGCUUUGCCUGGAACACAUGGCCGAGAUUACACCUAUCAUCUAUACUCCUACCGUAGGAGAUGCAUGCUUGAACUUCUCCCAUAUUUAUCGACGACCUGAGGGCCUCUACAUUUCUAUCCAAGAUAAAGGCAAAAUUGGAAGCGUCAUAAACAACUGGCCGAAAAUAGACGAAGCUCGUAUCAGCGUUGUUACAGAUGGCUCUCGAAUUUUAGGACUGGGUGAUCUAGGUGUGAAUGGAAUGGGCAUUUCUAUCGGGAAACUGUCUCUCUACGUUGCAGGUGCUGGCAUUCGGCCAGAUUCGACUAUCCCUAUUUGCCUUGAUCUCGGCACAAAUACCCAACGCUACUUGGAUGACCCCUUCUAUCUUGGCCUACGUCAAAAACGCGUUGGCGACGCCGAAAUGGAAGCAUUUAUGGACGAGUUCAUGGAGGAAAUGUCCCGCGCAUUUCCAAAACUUAUGAUUCAAUUCGAGGACUUCUCUACAGACAAUGCCUUCAAGUAUCUUGAACGUUACCGCCACAAGUAUCCUGUCUUCAAUGACGAUAUCCAAGGCACUGGUGCCGUUGUCCUCAGUGGAUUCCUAAAUGCCGCUAAACUAUCUUCCGCCGCAUCCGGUUUGCCUCUUACUGAGCACCGAAUCCUUUUCUUCGGCGCUGGAUCCGCUGGAGUCGGUGUCGCGUCGCAAUUGAUGAGCUUCUUCACCUUACUUGGCAUGACCGAGGACCAGGCCCGUAGGAAAAUAUACCUUGUAGAUUCACAAGGCCUUGUGUAUGAUGCCCGCGGACACCUGGCUGAACAUAAGAAAUAUUUCUCUCGCGAUGAUUACCGGGGUCCACCGAUUACCAACCUCCUCGAUAUCAUCCAAUAUGUCAAACCAACCGCCCUUUUAGGACUUUCUACUAUAUCAGGAGCUUUUACUGUCGAUGUCCUCGAUGCGAUGGCGGCCAUCAAUCCUCGCCCGAUCAUCUUCCCUCUAUCUAACCCCGUCAAGCUCUCAGAAUGUUCAUUCAGUGACGCCGUCGAGAUUACACAGGGCAGGGUUCUUUUUGCGUCUGGCUCGCCUUUCCCAGCGCAACAAUUUGGAGGAAAGACUCUGUAUCCUGGACAAGGAAAUAAUAUGUACAUUUUCCCUGGUCUGGGGUUAGGAGCAAUUAUUGCUCGCGUAUCAGAAGUCACUGACAGCAUGGUGGAAGCCUCUUCUCUGGGACUUGCCAAUUCUCUGACGGACGAGGAGCGUUCCAUUGGUCUCUUGUAUCCGCGCAUUGAACGAAUCAGGGAAAUUAGUGUAUUCAUCGCCAAAGAAGUCAUUCGUGCUGCACAGAAGGCUGGUGUUGACCGUUCCCCUGCUCUUCGUACCAAAAGCGACAGCGAACUCAUGCGAUUUAUCAGCCAAAGGAUGUGGAAUCCUUGA